GAGGCAGGGAUUGGCGGAAGAAGUGCAACUACGAGCGGAAGCCCCGCCCAUCACAGAGGAGACUUCCGGCUGUAAACGCUCGCCCCGGCUUCUGCUGACGGAGUUGGAACUUGCGGAGACCGGGAUGGUUUUGCUCGAGAGCGAGCAGUUCCUGACGGAGCUGACCAGGCUCUUCCAGAAGUGCCGGUCGUCGGGCAGCGUGUACAUCACCCUGAAGAAGUAUGAUGGUCGCACCAAACCCACUCCGCGGAAGAGUUCUGUGGAGGGCCUCGAGCCCGCGGAAAACAAGUGUCUGUUGAGAGCCACGGAUGGGAAAAGGAAGAUCAGCACUGUGGUGAGUUCCAAAGAAGUGAAUAAGUUCCAGAUGGCCUAUUCAAACCUGCUGAGAGCUAACAUGGAUGGUCUCAAGAAGAGGGACAAGAAGAGCAAGAGUAAGAAGACGAAGCCAGCACAGUGAAGGCGUGGCCAUUACCAGCCAGCUGAAGUGCAGCUUCCUGUUGGCUGCUUUUGGCACCCUCUGUAUGUAACUGUUUUCAUACAAGCAUCGUUUAAGGGAAGGGUUGGACGAUCAUAAGGUAGUUACUGUGCUAAGAAGCCAGUUGGUUUUUGAUCUCCACCGUAUGGCUGGGUAUUCUUAGAUUCCAGCCUUCAAGUGUCAUCUUUGCGACCCGUGCAUCGUCAAGUCCAUCCAUGCAAGCUGUUUCUUUGCCUACCCUGUUUGUGACAGUAACUACUAACUCUAGAAUGAUACAGUUACUCAAUGGUUUUUGCCUUGUCUUUGAGAAUACUGUAAUAGAAAUCUGACAGUUUUAUUAAAAGUUAUGUUAUCCUAUGGGUGGGUUUAUUUACUUGGUUGUAUAAUUUUAAAAAGUUAACUACAUUUAUUUUUAUGUUCGUGCACACAUUUGCUCUGUGCCACAGCA